CCCCGCUGCCGCCGCCACCUCCUCCCUGUACCCGCCCCUCCCGCUCCAGUCCUCUCCCACCCACCGCCGACCUCGCCGUCCUCCUCACCCACCACCGCCGACCUCGUCCCUCCCUCCCCUCUCUGCAUCUCCCGGCCACCUCUACGUCCGAGGAGAUCGAGCGAGCGCCCGAGUGUGCCCGUCCUCGCAGCCUCCUCCCAGGAUUCCCCACACCCGAGCCCCACGAGAGGAGCUCCUCCUGUGUUUUUGCACGCCGCUGCCGGCGACCACCAGCCACAGCUUGCCGGGGCCAGCAGAUGAGUGUCACCCUUCUUCUCUGUUCUCUUCUUCCCGUGCUCUCUUUCUUCCUCCUUUCUCUCUCUCACACAUCUCGAUUUCUCUCUCUGUCUCAAACAGUGCACUUCGCCACCAUGGAUGCUCGCGUCCCCGACCUUGCAGCGCGCCACCCCGAUGCGAACGGUGGACUCCUUCCUCUUCUUGGAAUUCUUCUCCGCCAGCCGGCCGCCGCCUCCGCUUCGUCAUCGGUGGAAUCCAUUCAUCGGAGAAGAGAAGAGAAGAGAAGAAAAGAUGCUGCCUUGGAUCUUCAGCCGGAAGGGCGCCUCGGGCUUCUCCUGGGCCUCCACCGUCGACCACGUCACCGCCGGCAUCUCCGCGUCCGGCCUCACCACAAUAGUCACGGGUGCAUCGAGCGGGAUCGGCGCGGAGACGGCGCGGGUGCUGGCGGGGCGCGGUGCCCAUGUCGUCAUGGCCGUCCGCAACCUCGCCGCCGCAGAGGACGUGCGCCAGGCCGUCCUCGCCGAGUCCCCCGCCGCCAGCCUCGACCUCAUGGAGCUGGACCUCUCCUCCCUCGCCUCCGUCCGCAAGUUCGAUGGCGACUUCGACGCCACCGGCCUCCCCCUCAACAUCCUCGUAUUUUGAACAUGCAAGCAAAUAUGCAGGAGUAAACAAGUUCUUGCAGUAGAUAUUAUAUUUUGAGUAAAUUCAAGACGAAAGAUGUUCAAAGAAGCUCCAAGACAUUCUUAUAUAGCAAGUUAUGUAAUAAUAGCUGGGUUAUCUGGGAAUUUAAUGUAUCUUCUCUCUGUUUGUGAAUGAAAUAGUAAUUAUGUAUGUGAAU